AUGGAUAGUUCUACGUAUUUUCCGCCUCUGGCUCAUGGAUCUCCUAUGUUCACAGUCCUCGGGGUCGCGGUUGUAUUCCUUAUAAUCAUUUUCGGACUCGUUGGUAACUUCGGCAUUUGUGCUAUGGUUUAUACCCAUCGUCAUUUACAAACAAUACCGAACUACCUGAUUGUAAACCUUAGUGUGUCAGAUCUUCUCCGGAUUUUUUUCACUCUCUCUGUCUCUGCGGGUGUUCUUAUUAAAAGGCGAUGGGUUUUUGGCGACGCGUUUUGUCAUGUAAACGGUUCCUACACCCUCGUAUUCCUGGUUGCUUCUCUUAUGUCGGUGACGCUCAUAAGUGUGAACAGAUACUUUUUAAUCGUGCGAGCAAACGAAAGCUCUACGUUUUUCAGUCUGCGACGGACCAAAGUUAUGCUUUCCACUCUUUGGUUUCUGGCCGUCUUCAUUGCCAUUCCGCCAAUUUUAGGGUGGGGCCACUACGGUUUCUUCGCCUCACGCGCGACUUGUUUUAUAGCAGUGGGAAGCAGUUACUCAUACACAAGUUUUCUAGUGAUAACAUUCAUCACAACACCGUUCUCUGUGCUCAUCUGGUGUUACGUGACGAUCUACAAAGCCAUGAAGAGGAGCAAAAACCGUGUUAAAUGCAUCCGAACACUACCAGUCAACAUUAGUUCGGAAAACGCCGAAAGAUUGAAGAAAGAGGUAGGUUGGAAUUCGUCUUAAUUUGAAACUUUGUACUUGUAUUUGUUAAAUAAAUUCAAAGAUCGUUCGCGUCACGCUACCUCGCGCUCUCGAUAUCACAAAAACCACAUGUACUAACAAGUGGAUGUAGGUCCUGAGAUAUCUGUAUCUUUUUUACCUUUGAUUCUGAUUAUCAUGAGUUACUUAUUUAUAUUAAAAGAGGCUUUUCGCUAAUUUUUCGUUGAGGUCAUCGACAAAAUGUGAGAGUUUUACUAUAUUCGAAAGCCUGUUCUAAAUGUGAUUGCUUGUUAGUCCAAGACAAACAGUUAAUGUUGCUGUGUUAAUUUUCAAGAAAGUUUAUCUUUGAUUUUUUUUUUAAAGAUAAGAGGAAGAAUGAGACAAGAUAUGAUUAAAGUGUAGGAAGGCUUUUAAAAACCUUCUAAGAGAGUACCCAAAUGAACCAUUCUUUUGUUUCACAAAUGUGCCGGGAAAUACAGGAUUUCGUUGAAAGCAAGCGGCUUUUUUGUGAAGUUUAUCGUCGAAGAAAAAAAAUGCGGCAGGUGAUUUGUUAAUAACCAAUGCGGUAUAUAUUUCAAGUUGUGUCAAACCAGAAGUUUACCAGUUCCACUGAAAUAUUCUUUCGAAUUUUGCUAAUCGUUUUUCCCUCGUUUUUCCUUUUGCUUUAUUCCGCCUGAACUCCAACAAGUACGAAAUUUUGUUAUAUAUGACAAAUCAGAAUUUCAAAAGUGCAAUAAAACGAAUUUGAAGAUAUUGAACGCGAUUAGUACAUUACAUAAUUUUUAUCUGGAUAAAACUACGAAGAGGAAUUGGGAAUGUGGGUGGAGGGGGGGGGGGUUAAGGAGUGGUGGAGGGGGGGAGGGCGGGGAUGGUGGCUUAAUUUUACCAUUAUGGAUUUAAACUUGAAAAGGAGCCCAUAGCGAACUGUUGACGAGAUCGAACUCUUAAAAUGGGUGGCUCCGUCCGGGGGAAAGGGAACAUCGACAUAGAAAAUUAUGAAGAGGUUCCUGAGAAGCAGUUAUCAUUAAAUAUGAUUUCUUCUCUUGUUAGUACGGGUGCCAUGUAAAAACCCUUUUUACGUGGGUAAAGAUUGAUUAUCCUAAGUCAAAGAUUUGUAAAAAUCAACAUACUGAGUUCAAACAUGCACCCAUUACCUAAUGGGCUCCGGGUUCAAACAGGUAACAGUACUAAUUUAAAGAUUCUAUUGCAAUAUUUUUUGCAUUCUUUUUAUUUUGACUUUUCCAGGUUAACGUUGCUAAGACAGUCCUCUUGCUGAUUGGCGUAUACAUCAUCACGUGGAUUCCGAUCUGCGUUAUUCACUUCCUGCGUGUGGCCCGUAUCGGAAACAUUCCAGACUCAGUUGACCUGUCAGCGGCUCUCCUCAUGAGUUUAAGUUGCGUGACAAACCCUUGGAUCUAUGGCUUCAGGCACACUCAAUUCCGUGACCAGGUCAGAAGGCUGUUAUGUAUGAAAACUCAUAUGAGAGAUGUGGAAGCGCAAUCAAGUCGCCAAUAG